CGGAAGUCGCGCCGAUCGGAGCGUUUUCGUGGACACUCACCGGGACAAUCAGCGAAUCCUGAGACCGCGGCGGUGGCAACAGGAGAGCGGGGCAGGGACCUGGGAAUAAUGCUACACGCAAACUCAGACGCACGGAGCUGGAUGGUUCAUGGCAGUUGGAGGAAACGAGAUGGGAUCCCAGAGCGCUUUUCACUCGUGAAAAGGACACUUUGUGGGGGUGGCAGGUCCUUCAAAAGCUCCGAGCAGAAAAGUAAGGCGGCAGAAGGUCUUGGGGUUCCGAGCCCCUGCCUCUGCCACUGUGAAGGUGUGACUCAGUUCACCUGGCCGUAAAGCAGGCCGAUUAAUCCCCGCCUCGCGGACGGGACACUUGAGGCGGGAGAGAACGCCCGACUCUGGCCCGGGAGCGUCUUUCUGCACCGCAGACUGUUUUCUGGGGCAGAGUCUUCGUUCCUGUCUGCGCUUGGACAUUUAAAGCGGACCCUUCGCAGCUGGUUCCCGCCCCCUCGGAGGGGGCGUACCCGGAAGUGCUCUUACGGAAGCCGGCGGGCCGCGCGCGCGCCACUUCGCCAUGGCGACAGCCGGGGCCCCGCGGCGCUUCUGCCGCUGCGCCUGCUUCUGCUCGGAGAACUUGUACGUGGCGCGCUACGGGCUGCACGUGCGCUUCCGGGGCGAGCAGCAGCUGCGCCAGGACUACGGCCCGAUUCUGCGCAGCCGAGGCUGCGUCAGUCCCAAGGACUUCCAGCAGCUGUUGGAAGAGCUUAAGCAGGAAGUGGAGCGGCGGCAGCGGCUGGGGCAGGACUCGGCUGCCAGGAAAACCCUCAUCGCCAGCUCCUACCACCCAGCACGGCCCGAACUCUACAGCCCACUGCAGGAUGUGGCUCUGGCCCCCGAGUUUCUGGCUGCAGCUGAGUACAGCACAUCGCCAGGCGCAAACCUCGAGGGCUUACUCCAGCGGCUAGAGACAGUGUCAGAGGAGAAGCGGAUCUACCGGCUGCCGGUGUUCACAGCGCCGUUCUGCCAGGCCCUGCUGCAGGAGCUGGAGCACUUCGAGCAGUCGGACAUGCCAAAGGGAAGGCCCAACACCAUGAACAACUACGGGGUGCUGCUCCAUGAGCUGGGCCUGGACGAGCCGCUGGUGACACCGCUGCGGGAGCGCUUUCUGCAGCCCUUGAUGGCCCUGCUGUACCCGGACUGUGGCGGGGGCUGGCUCGACAGCCACCGCGCCUUCGUGGUCAAGUACGCGCCGGGCCAGGACCGCGAGCUGGGCUGCCACUACGACAACGCCGAGCUGACCAUCAACGUGGCCUUGGGCAAGGCCUUCAUGGGGGGCGCCCUUUACUUCGGAGGCCUCUUCCAGGCGCCUUCCGCCCUGACCAGGCCCCUGGAGGUGGUGCAUGUGGUGGGCCAAGGGGUCCUGCACCGCGGCGGCCAGCUGCAUGGGGCCCGGCCCCUGGGCACCGGUGAACGCUGGAACCUGGUCAUCUGGCUUCGGGCCUCUGCUGUGCGCAACCGCCUCUGCCCCAUGUGCUGCCGCACGCCCGACCUGGUGGACGACGAGGGCUUCGGCGACGGCUUCACCCGAGAGGAGCCCACCACAGUGGACCUGUGUGCGCUGACUUGAGCCUGGUUGGGGCCCGUGUCGGGGAUGGCAUGACAGCGGAGGGCUCUGCCACCUUAGGUCGGGCAGAGCAGAAAUAAACUCUCUGCAGCCCUUGGCACUUCUUGGUUCAAAAGGACAAAUAGUCUUCUGGGUCAUUCUUUCAGCGGUCAGGCUGGCUCAGGUCGGGUUGGUUAGAAGCUUAGGUGGGGAUUCCUGUGUGAGGUUUAUCGAGGGAAUAUCCUGAGGAGGAGGAAGCCAGGGAAGCAGGACAGGGCAGGAAGGAGCUGGGUCCGGAAGUGGAUUCAGAAGGCGUCUAGUCAGCCUGAUCCCGCGGGAGGUCAGGAGCAUGAGUCUACCAGUUACUGGGGCGGGGGGCGGCAGGGGGUAAAUAACUUCCCAGGCAUCCAUCUCCAGGACAAGUGGCUCCCAGUGGCCAAGGGAAUCUUCCAGAGAAAUGUACAUGUGAGAGCUGUCAUCAGUGGACGCCACAGCUGUGGGUGAGUGCCCGUCUAUGAAGGGGAUUUGGGUGGGCCACCAACAGCAUAUUCUAGACGGUGUCGAGGGGCUACUGCCGACGGGUUAAGAGCAGGUGCUCCGGGGCCGGACUGCCUAGGUUCAAUGCUGACUUCUGCCGCUGCUCCCUCUGUGUCUGCGUAAGCCACUUGACCGCUUCGUGCCUUGGUUUCCUCACUGAGAAGGGACCUCUGUCAGAGCCGUUGUGAGAACCAAAUGCUAUACAAAGUCUAUAAAGUGCUUUAUAACAGCUGA